AUAGACAAAAGAGUGAAAAGAGUGAAGUGAAGGUUAAGAUUAGCGUUCUCAGUACGCUUGUUUGUUUUGUUAAAUCAGUUAAAUAUUGCAAGUUGCAUUACUUUUGGGACCAUUGUCACCAUUAGAACUUUCUUGCGCACCGCACGGUUGCCGUGAUGGACUUAAUGCAAGCGUGUCGCUGCUGCUUGCGGUGUCCUCCGGACAAGGACCUGACGACGCCGUACACACAUCUCGACAAAACGGAGAUAUAUGCCGACAUGAUCAACCAGUGCUUCAAUAUACAUCUGGUAGUGGUUGGCUCGGGCUCGUGCGGCAUCUGCUCGGCGUGUGUGGGCCGCCUGCGAGACGCGAGCGACUUCAAGCUGCAAGUGCAAAGCAUCCAGGCGGAGCUACAGGCACUGCUGCAGGGAGCGAGUGUCAAAGAAGAACCUGCAGUUAAGCUGGAAAUGCAGGACGAAGAUGGGGCAAGUGAGGACCCUUUAUUGAAUGAAGAGCCCCCGGUUAAGCCAGAGACGCUGGAUGAAGAUGAGAUACCUAGGGAGAUGUUACAUGAAGUCCUAAUAAAGACAGAAAUGGAGGAUAAAGAGGAGACACGAGAUGAGAUGUUGGGUGACGAGCCCCCGGUCAAGUUAGAGACGCUGGAUGUAGAUGAGAUGCCUGAUGACAUGUUGUUUUGUUCGGAGGGGUCGGCUCGUUCCGUGGUGCUCGAACGCCUCCGCGGCGACGGGACUGUCAACAGCGAAGACAAGCCAUAUAGCUGCGAUCACUGUGGCAAACGUUUCAAAACCAAGGUUAUUGUAAGGAAACACAUUCAACGCAUUCACUUAUCGACAUCAAACCUGCGACAUCACCAGAGGACACGCACUGUUGAGAAACCUUUUCAUCAAUGUACCUAUUGUGAAUACAAGAACCGUAAAAAAAGUCACUUAAUAAGUCACAUCAGAAUACACACUGGAGAAAAGCCGUACAAGUGCAGCAACUGCGACUACAGGAGCGGUUGGAAAGGAGACUUACGAACACACCAACGAAUUCACACCGCAGACAAACCAUACACGUGUAAUCAAUGCGACUUCAAGUGCUGGUUGAAAUCUGACUUACAAAGACAUGAGAUGAUGACACAUGGAGAGAAGCCAUUGCAUCGAUGUACUUACUGUGAUUACAAAGCCCGUAGAAAAGAUCACUUACAACGUCACAUUAGAAUACACACUGGAGAAAAGCCGUACAAAUGUAGUCAUUGUGACUACAAGUGCACGCAGCGAGGUUCCUUAGUAAAACACCAAAUGAUUCACACCAUAGAGAUGACGUUUCACUGUAGUCGUUGCGACUUUAAGAGUGGGCGGAAAUCUGAUUUACAGAAACACAGUUUGAUACACACUGACGAGAAGCGUUUUCAAUGCAGCUACUGUGAUUACAAAUUCAUGUAUAAAUCACAGUUACAAAUUCACGUCAGACUACACACAGGUGAAAAGCCUUAUACGUGUAGCUACUGUGAUUCCAAAUUCGGUCGAAAAGAUAGCUUUCUCGCACACCAAAAAAUACACACUGGUGAAAAACCUUAUACAUGCAGCGACUGCGAUUACAAAUGCCGUGAUAAAACAAACCUACGUCGUCACCAGAUAAAGCAUGGCACGAAGCUUAGAAAUGUAGCGAUUGCUACUACAAGUGCAAAUCCUCCUAUACAAUGAGAUCUAAACCUUCAUCGCUCUUUCAGGAUUGGUUUUUUGAAAUAUCUUCACAAUUUUCGAAGUGCGCGGUGCCUUCGAAGCUGCUGCGUGUUAAGAAUAUAAAAAAACCGGAAAAGUGCGAGUCGGACUCGCCCACGGAGGGUUCCGUACAAAUUAAGUUUUUAGUAUUUGUUGUUAUAGCGGCAACAGAAAUAAAUAUCACGGUUCAUGAGAUACAGCCUGGUUACAGACACACAGACAGUGGAGUAUUAGUAAUAGGGUCCCGUUUUUACCCUUUGGGUACGGAACCCUAAAAAUGACUGUAUUCGGCUACAUGAUAACAAGUAUGGCGGGCAGGAAAAUAUAUUCAGUUAAGAUAAUGUCUGUAUCGCCGCAGAUUUGAGAUGUGAUGUUCAGAUAGCAUAAUGUAUAAAACACUUAUGAUGGAAUAAGUCAGUCUUAGUGUACCCUAAGGUAGCUUUAUGAAAAUAUAC